AUGGGCUGUGCUAACUAUCAUGCUCGGAUUCGCUUCACCGAUAACAGUUCUGUUUGGCUUAUUCGAGUGCCUCGAAUGAAUAGCAGUAUCCCGGAAGCACUCGUCAACUACCUAAUUCGUAGCGAGUACGCAACUCUCCUCAAAUGUCUCGAAACAACCAAAGUACCUGCUCCUCGGGCCUUCGAUUAUGGAAUCGUUGGCGACAACCAAAACCAAGUAGGCGUGAGUUAUAUACUCAUGGAAGAAAUGCCUGGCAAAACUUGGAACCAACAAGGCCCACGUGGGAAGCGCUUUGCAGAUGAAAAAGAUAAAGAAAGAAUUUGGAACGGUUUAGCAGAUAUUCUGAUUGAGCUCAACCGUCAUCUAUUUCCCGCGGCUGGGUCUCUCCUCCCGGGCCAUUCGCCUUCUGAGCCAAUAGUCUCUGCUAUUGCGAGUGAGCGAUUUCUUGUUCUGAGUCCUUCGGGGCCGUUUAACACAUCCAUGGACUAUUACACUUCAUUCGUGAAGCAAAACAUGGCCCGGAUCUCCGACGGCCAAAUUUUCGCCGUUUUUCCUGCAAAUGCCUAUUUAGUAUUUGCAUACUUGAAAUCUCAGCUCCACAACCUGGCAGCGAAGCCGAAACACAAUCCAGUGCAAGCUACAGAGCAAUUCUACCUCAAGCACGUGGACGAUAAGGCGGAUCACUUGAUGGUUGACGACGAGUUGAAUAUUAUUGGAAUCGUAGAUUAG